AUGAGAAAGGGUGACGAAUUUCUAAAUAGAUUAUGUGACGAAGAGGAAGAGGGAAAUGAUAACAACAUAAAUGAUCAUGAUGAGCAUGAAGAGGAUGCCAAUGUAACUGAACAACAUUCCAUUUUUAAUGAGUUAGUUCCAUGGAAAAAGCAAAUCCCAAUACUUGGUAUGAGGUUCAAAGAUCCAUCUCAAUUAAAAUCGAUGUUAUGCAACUAUGCUAUUGCGAAUGGGUACCAACUUUGCUUUAAGAAAAAUGAUAGGAAAAGAUUGUUGGUUAAGUGUUGCAAGGGGAUCUGUAAAGGGGAGUUAUUAUCUGUUGUUGGAAGGGAUGCAAACAAUGGGAUUUAUCUUAUUGCAUGGGCAGUAGUAUGUGUGGAGAAUAAGGAAAAUUGGAGGUGGUUUUUGGAUUUACUCAUUGAUGACUUAGGACAUAAUUUGGGCUAUGGAUACAGUGUAAUAUCUGAUCAACACAAGGGUGUAGCUGAAGCUCUCAAUGAGGAUGAUGAAGGUAAUCAAUCUAAUGCAGUCAAUGAUGGAGGAACAGUAAAUGAUGGUGGAGAAGCAGUCAAUGAGGUGCAUGUGCAACAAGACUAUGAUGAGGUGGAACUCACUCCUUUGGAGUUUGAUGUAUCAACUGAUGGAGAACCUAGUCAGGUUCAUGUGCAAGAACAGGAGGCUAGAGAAACACCACUUGCAACCCUGUUGAAGAAAAUCAGGAGGAAGAAAUCUGAAAGGAUUAUCAAUUUGAAACUGGGCAAGAAAGUUGGUGGUGCAAAUGCACUUGGGAAUUCAGAAGCUAAACCUGUUACUCUAGAAUAA